AUGAAUGCCACAAAGUUUGUUGUGCUCCUGAUCUUUGUUGGAGUUGUGUGUGCCAAUGUUGGCGCAAGGCAGCUCGAUGAAGUGUCCCAAAAGACCAGAUUUGGCAUCUCUAUUCCCGAGACUGUUACCACCAACGGCAUUGAUGCUGAGCGUAUCGUUAGUACUGGUACUAGUUCUUACAAUACGGAAUAUACCAAUUCCAAUGCUAAUGGGGGUGCCAGCGGUCCCAGCUCUAGUUCCUCAGGAAGUUUUAACAAAUAUGCCUAUGGAUAUGUCACUGCGGAAGGUCCCAACGCAAGGGCUGAUAGUAGCAGUUACACUUACGGUUCUGCAGGUUCUAAUGCUGCAGCGGGUCCCAAAACUGCCAAGGGUAAUGCAUACGCUUACGGAGAUGCAGGUGGCUAUGCGUCUGGUUCGACCGACAACCCUUAA